AUGCUGCGAGCCGCAUUCACGCGCUCGCUUUCGACGACGUCGUCCCUGGCAGCGACGUCAUCUGCGGCGACUUCUGCUUCGUCGACGUCUUCAGCUCCGCCGCCGUCUUCCGACGUCGGCGAUUUGUCCGUCCGACGAAUCAGCAAAGCCCUCGAAACUUACCUCCGCAACAGCAAAAAGAACGUUGCGAUGAUGGAGAGGCAUAGGUUGGUUUAAGCUUGAAAAAUAUAGAAUAGCGGGUUUUUGAAAUAUUUUCAAUAAAACACAAUUUAAUUGUUGAAAAUUGCCUUUUUCAGGGUGGAAUUCGAAACUGGAAGAAGGCAUUUAGCCUCGAUGAUGGGAAUCAGUGUUCAUGAACUCAAUCAAGAGGCGAUCGAUCGGUUUGUUCUGAAUAUUAGAUUUGCUGUGAUUUUUGAAUUUUUGUUUGCAGGGAAAAAUGAGAACUCUAGAGUUUCCAUUUCAAAGGGUUUUUAUCGAAAUCAUGUUUGAUUCUUGCUUUUUUUAAAUUUAUCAGAAUGAGCUAGAGGAUUUUUUUCUUAAAGAAAAAUAUGGAUCUUUAGCCGUAAAGAAAAAAACACGGAAAAAAAUUCGAAUUUUUCUCAAAUUUUUUUAGUUUUUUUCUUUGUUGAUAGCUAUCAUCAGCGAAAAACGUGUUCAAUUUCCUUCUAUAAAUUGAAUUUUACAGAGCGAUCGAAUAUUUAUUCCCAUCCGGACUUUCGGAUCCUAAAGCAAAGCCUGUGAUGCGACCGCCGGACGAGAUUUUGCCCAGGUUUUUUUUAGAUUUCAUUUUUUUAUUUAGAAAAAUCUAGUUUAUUUAUUUUUUUCAUGGGAUGAAGCGAGGCUAUGCGAUAAAAUAGGUAUUUUGACCUUAAAAUUGACCUUGGAAAUGGUUUUUGAGCUUAAUUUAAUAUUUUACAGAAUCUUCUUGCUGACUAUCGUUAGAGUGGGGAUAAGAAAAAAAGAAAAAGACAUUUUUCAUCUGAAAGUUGGCUUAAGAAACUAUUUUUUUCCAAAUAAUCAUGUCAACUAGCGGUAAUUGAACGAGGUUUCAAUCUAAAAAUGGUCUGAGAAAUCAAUUUUUAUUUGACUUUUCAACAUAAAAAGAUGACAAAUUUCAGGUUCCAAAGGUUCACUUUCGACGACGAAGGCAGGCCGGAAGGGUCUCGUUUUUUCACGCUCAGCCCAAAGGUUUAUGGACUUUUAUCGGUGAGUUCCAUCAUUUUCUUCAUUUGUUCUCCCUGUGUUUGAUGAAUAAAGUCGUUUUUUUCUUGUUCAAAUAAUUUCUCUUUGUUUUUAAAAAUUGUAAUUCAGGACAUUGGAAUCAAAACCAACGCCGUCAUGAAGUUCUACGAUCAAAAAUUUCGGCAACAAAUCGACGAAUAAGAGCGAUUUGGAGCCCGUGUAAGAGUUUCUACAUAGGAUUUUUGGUUUUUUGAUGUGAUGCAUAUAAAUUUGAUGGAUUUUGAAAUUUCAAAGCAAAUUGUGUUUUUACGGAAAUUAAAGAAUAGGUUUCAAAGUUUUGAAAGGCCAAAUUCUCUAGUAGAAAGCUUAUUUUUCAUGAAAAAUUUCAUUAAAGUUCAUAGGAUAUGCUUCAGUUGUUGAGUAAUCACAUCGUUUUGUGUUUAAGAUUUAAAUUUUAGAAUUUUAAUGGAUAAACUGAAUGAGCAAGUUUUUUUAUUUGAAACUCCUGGAUUUUUGGUUCAAAUCUUCAAUUUUACCUUAUUAAAUUCUACAAAAAUCAACUGUUAUAGGCAUUUUUGAAGCUUUAAAAAAAUCACAGUCACAAAAAUUCUUUUUUUGAAUUUGAAUACUUUGAGAACUUUUUUUCAUAGAUAAAAAGAAAAAUUGAAUUUGAAAAAGUGGUAGUUUUUUUGCAGGAACUUGAGCGGUUCUCAGUGGAUGAGUGCGGAGAAAUUGAAAAAGAAGCUCGGGGAACGCGUUUCGCCUCAAAUGGUGGGAUCUUUAUAUCGAAAUAUUAUUUCAGAAUGGUGAAAAUGUUCAUUUUCAGUACGGCCAGCUUCUGAUUGCUUUCGACCAUUUGGCGUCUCAGCCGGCUUCUUCGAUCGAAUCGAAAUUCAUAAUGGAAUAUAGGUUUUGUUUUGAAUAUUGGCUUACUUCAGUCACUUCAAGCUUUGAUAAUUUUGUUAUUUAUUUUUUUCAUUUUUUGAAUUUUUCCAGAGAGCCUUUGGCCGCCUCAACCGGUUCUAAGCUAUUCGGUCCAGCUGUACCUGAAGUUCAAACUGAUUUCGAGAAAAAAACCGCCGAUUCGCCACUGUCAGGUUGGUAAAUGCGGAUAUUCGAUAUGCUUCAAAUUUGAAGAGAAAACCACUAAAAAUAAAGUAAAUUUUUGUAGUGAAUUUUGUAGUAUUCUAUUUUUGUAUAUUUAUAUGAACUUUCAUUCAUUGAAACUUGGAAUAAGAAAAAAGUCUACUUCAAUUUUUCAGAACCCAUUGCAAGGACACUCGUACGAACGUCACGGUUUAUGACGCUGGAAAAGGAAAAUUCGAAAUUGAUGGCCUUGCUUUGUAUGACUUCCGACAUCUUCAGGCAAGGUUUGUCGUUGAAAAAAUGUCUUCUUCUAUUUUAAAAGUUUAUGACAUUUUGAAGAAGAAUUUUUUCGAUUUUUCGACUUUUGAGAAAAUUUUUCAAAUGAUAUAAUAUUUUUUCCUUUUUAAAAUUUUUUUUUUCUAAAAUUUAUUUCAAAAAACAUCAUUUUAUCGGAUUUUUUUAGUGGAUGUAAGGGUUUCUAAUAGUAAAAAAAUGAUUUUUAAAAAAAUGAAAGAAUAAUUUUUUUUCACAUUGAUACAAUUGAGAUGAAGAAUAUAAAAAAAUUUUUCAUGUUCUCAGAUAUUUUUUUCAAUGAUUUUGGGCUAGUAAAGGUUUGAUAUUGUUCAAAAUAAAAAUUUUCAACUUAAUAAAAAUGCUGAUAAAAAUGAAAAAAGGAAAACUUUACAUUUGAAAAAAAAAAUUAUUCGAUGCAGAGAAAUCCUGCUGGCCCCACUGAUCGUAGCGAAUUUGCUGGGACGAGUUGACGUCGUGGCGACUUCCGAAUGCAUUUCUACGACACUUCCCGAAGCGCCUAAUAAGACACAAGUGUUAGUUUCGAAAUGAGAAAUGUUUGGGAGAAACUGACUUUUUUGAUUUUAGCUUCAUGUUUAGUAUUGCAACCUGAAAGAAAAGCUGAAAGGAAUGUUUCCUGUACUAUCUUGAGAAUUAGUCAAUUUUUUUGGAUUGUAGAAUAUUUUUUUGGAAAAAAAUCAGCCUGGUAGUGGCAUAUUUUUUUUAACUCUUUAGAAGUUGAAGACUUUCAAUCAAUCAAAUUUUUUUCUAUCAAAGUGUUUUUAUUUUUUUCACACACAAGUAUUAAAAAUUCACGAAAUAGAUGUAGGGAGAACUUUUUUUAAAUUAUUUUUUUGAAAUUGUGUUUCAGAAAAAGACGCUAGUUUUAUAGACAUGCGGGGUUGACCAUGAGCCCAUUCUUCAUAAUACUAUUUAUAAAUUCAUAAAUCUGACCAUAAAUUUCACCAAAAACCUGACAAAAUAUUUCGAUUUUCUCUGCAGUGAACGUCUUCCCGGCCAAAGCAGUCUUCCACGGGCGGUCCGUCAUGGCGUCGCCCUCUGCCUUGCGGCUCUUCAUCCCGAAUCGUUCGAAUCGCUCAGAUUAUGUUCGUUUUUUCAAUGCUCUCUUUCCCAGUUCAUCAAAAAAUUAAGUUUUCUUCACAUCUUUACGGAACGUCCUGAUAGAUCUUUCCGAGUUUUCUUCCUGCGAUUUCUCUGUUCUCAUGUCUUUUUUUUUUGCAUUAAGCUUAAGUUUAAAAAAAAAGAUUCUUCUUCUUCUUCUUCCUACGCCUUUGUAACGCUUGAGCGGCGUCGGCGCCCCAAGUCGAUUAGCCGAGGUCCUAUCCUGAUAUCAGUGGACUGGCUCGUGUGACAUAUCCGUCCUUGUGUGUGACGGCUGGGGAUUAUGAAGCCGUGGUUCCCCACUACCAAUAUUCCUUAAACCCCUUGGUUGGGUCGGGGCGGGGAUCGAACUUGUGAACCUGUGGACCGUAGAUACAUCUUGCUGCGCUAUGGCGCGCCCCAACGGGAAAAAAAAGAUUAUUUUCAUAAUUUCAGCCGGUCUUUUAACCUUGGAUCCAAGGAAGAAGGAGCGUAGUAAGGUCAACCAGCCCGGAGCCCGUGCUAAAUGGAUCUGGUCAGUUUCUAAAAUAGCGAAAUUUAAUUUUUCAUGAGGAGAAAUCUUAGAGAAAGUCACACAAAGAUUUGAAAAAAAUAAAAAAAUAAAAAGCUUUUUCCAGAAAUUUCAAAGCAAGUUGAACUUUCAGAAACUGAAAAAAAUUCCUUUUUUUAUAAUGAUUUUUUUCGUAAAAAUUAGUGUCUUCAGAGUUUUUUUUAAAUAGGCUUUGAACUUUUUGAUAAGCUUUCUAGUUAGAAAGGAGUCCACCAAAUUGAAAAAAAUGCUCAUUAUUAAGAUUGAAUGAGACUUUACCUGAAGUUUCAUGUUCAAAAUUUUUUUUUUCCAGGAAACGACGUUAA